UUACGUUGAGCUCUGGUACGGAUAGCAAUGUGUGCCAUGUUUAUGGGUUUAGCACAUCUGUGAAGUUAAGGUGCAGGUGAAAAAGAAGCGCCUCAGCAUCAGCGACGCUCAAUUCUACGAGCUUGCCUACGCGCCCACGAUUGCAAGGUCUAAUAUCUAGAGUAACAAUUUCUGUUUUUACAAUCGCCUCCAGGUUGAACGUCCUCGUGAAAUCCAAUCAAUGUUAAACCAGUAGACCGCGUUUAACUGCCGUGAACCCCAAAACUCUGACGCCUCCAAUCCUCACCUACAAACAACCUCAGUUCUCUCACCUCACCUAAAGCCUGACCACACCACCAUCGUCACACUCGCCAAGAUGUCUUCACAAACCCUACUCAACCCCGAGAUCUUCACCUCCCUCAAUGACCGUAUUGAAGAGGAGACUGCCGUCCGCGAGACCCUCACCCAGAUCAUCCAGCGCCUCGAGCGCGCCGUCGCCACAGCCCAAGCCCUCCUCUCACGAGUUCACGGAACGCCUCGCGCUCGCUACCCCGCCCUCAUCGAGCAGGUCGAAGCCGCCAUCGGGGAGCAAAGAGAAAUCAUCGGCGAACUCAGCAAGACAGCCUCCAACCAUCCUUACUACAAGUACAACAGCAAAUGGUCACGCACCGUGCAGUCCGCCAUCACCACCGCCAUCUACACAGCCUGGCUCGGCGGCUUCCCACUGGACACCUCCCCCGCCCGUCUAGGCCGCCUCGCCAGCCUUGAGGACAUUGGCAAGAUCUACCAGGUGCCCACGAAUCUCAAGGACAAGGAUGCCUUCCACAUCACCAUCGAGGAGUAUCUCCUCGCCCUGACAGACUUUACCUCGGACCUGUCCCGUCUGGCCAUCAACAGCGUGACCAUGGGCGACUUUGAGCUUCCUCUCGUCAUCUCGACAUUCAUCAAGGAUCUGUUCGCCGGCUUCCAGGUCCUCAACUUGAAGAAUGAUAUCCUCAGGAAGCGUGCCGAUGCCGUCAAGUAUGACGUCAAGCGUGUCGAGGAUGUGGUCUACGAUCUGAGUCUGCGAGGGCUGGUGAAGAGGCCGACAGAUGCGGACACCGAGAUGAAGACGGGAGCGUAGGGGAAUAAAAGCAAGUGACUCAAGUACAAAAAGUCAGGUCGGGGAAUCACAAAUUGGUAGGAGGCAGAUAUCAGCAAUGAUGAUUCUCCAGAUUCAAACGUUACUACUGCCAAGCUCGCUCCUCGCCGAGUUCAAACGUACAGUUCUCCUUUCUAAGUGUAAAAGCACCAUGUAGACUCCGAAACAAUGCAAGAUUGAUGUUGUCGCCUCUUUGCAAACCACCCCAGUU